AUGGAAGGAGGGACGAGACUAGGCAGGGCCUCCUCGAGGUACUGUCUAACCCAACCGCCGCCGGUGUUCGACGGCCCAGUUAGAAAGUGGAAGAAGCAGUGGGUUAGUUCUCAGUCCAGUAACAGCGAUGGCCAUGGUGGCAAACGGAAUAACAACACCCCUCCUCUCCUCCUCUGCCGGUGGAUACCGCUUUCUUCUACUGCCACUGCUGACACCGUCAACCCUGAUCAACCUCCCAAGCGCCGCUUCCGAUACACUCCGACUGUUCCAAUUAAAAAGGAGAAAAAAGAAGUUCAAGAAAAGGUUUGCAAUGAAGGCAGAACAAGCAAGGAGAAUGAAUCUAAAGCCAAUGCAAACAUAGGAAGUGACAUCUUUGAAAAUCCUAGCAUUGGAGAUGUCUUUAAGGAAGAAUCUCAGGAAAUGAGUGAAGGUCAAUCAGAUUCAAACAGAAGUUUGGAUGAUGAAGAAGAAAACUAA